AUGGCACUGAGCGAAAACUGCAAAACGCAAACUGCAAAAGAGCAAGGGUCGGUGGAAAAUUCUCCAUCGGAUGUCAUUGAGCUAAACGUGGGUGGACAGGUGUAUUAUACUCGCCAUGCCACAUUGACAAGCUUUCCAAAUUCCUUACUUGGCAAGCUGUUCUCUAACAAGAAGGGGUCUUCAAAUGACUUGUCCCGGGACUUCAGAGGACGUUAUUUUAUUGACAGGGAUGGCUUUCUGUUUCGGUAUGUAUUAGAUUAUCUUAGAGACAAGCAAGUUGUCCUCCCUGACCACUUUCCCGAGAAAGGAAGGUUGAAACGAGAGGCGGAAUACUUCCAGCUGCCAGAUUUGGCCAAACUUUUGUCGUCCGAGGAAUCAAAAAUAUUGUCAGACGACUUGUACAAUGAUUUCGAUGAUGCGUCGCAGGGCAGCGACCAGCUAUUUUACCCCUCAUACUCCUUGGACGGGAGGUAUGGCUACAUCACGGUCGCGUUUAAAGGCGCGUGCACUGGGGGAGGCAGAGAAAGUCAACUUGAUAUUAAAGCAAAAAAGUUACCGAGGAUUUUCAUCAGCAGUAGGAUUGGCUUGGCGAAAGAGGUAUUUGGAGACGCCCUGAAUGAGAACAGGGACUCGGACAGACCACCGGACCGUUACACCUGCAGGUUUUACCUCAAGUUCAGGCACCUGGAGAGAGCUUUUGACAUGCUGUCAGAGAGCGGCUUUCACAUUGUGGCCUGCAAUUCAUCCCUGACUGCGUCCUCCAUCGGUCAUUACGCGGAUGACAGGGUCUGGUCCAAUUAUGCACAGUACAUCUUCUACCGUGGGCCCUCAAGGUGGUUGUCCUCUCACGGUGACUGCUGCUGCAAGAGCCACAAAAGCGAGCGGGAAGGAGAGAGCGGCACUUCCUUCAAUGAGCUCUCCACUUCCUGUUCUGAGACCCAGUCGGAGGCCAGCUCCCCUCAAGGAACCGUGAUCUGUGGCCCUGUGAGCCGGCGCGCCAACAUCCAGACGCUGGACCGUCCCAUGCCCAAAGGAUCAGUUCACAUGAUGCAGCAGGCAGAGAUGCGCCGCAAGACUGACAUGCUCCGUGUGAGAACCUUCGGGGUCCGAGAUCGGGAGGCUGCAAAGAGAAAAGCCAACAAGGAGAAGAUGACUCCAGAGCAGGAGCUGGAGAAAUGCAUCCAGGACUUCCGGCGCAUCAGGAUUCCUGAUCGCUUUCCGGAGAGGAAGUACAUGUGGCAAUCAGAGCUCCUGAGAAAGUACCGCCUCUAA